AUGGACGACGAAAUAGAAAUGGCUGAAGUCUUAGUUCCUAUAGGCAAAAUAAGAAUUCAAUUAAGCGCUGGCAUUUUAAACAAGAUCAAAAUACUGCCUGCCCAAGGCAAGUGUGUCAAGGUUGCUCGUUUGGACGGUGAUUUCAAACAACUUUCUCCACCGAUGCAAAAAUGCGUAGAAUGGAUGCUGGCUUAUUUUAAUAAUAUCAAGCAGAUGCCAUUAAACGCUAGUGAGCUACCUUUACCUGCAUUCGACGAGGACAGUUUUACUAGUAAAGUAUAUAAAACACUAACUGAAGAAAUCGGUCCUGGUAAGACUAUUUCUUACGGUGACUUGGCAUCUCUUGCUGGAAGAGAUCGGGCAGCUCGUGCAGUUGGCAGUGCUAUGAAAAGAAAUGACUUGCCCAUCGUUAUACCUUGCCAUCGGGUUGUUAAGAAUGACGGCGGCUUAGGAAAUUAUAGUUCUUACAAUGGCUGUAUAACUAAGGAAUGGUUGAUUAAGCAUGAGCAAAGUUGUUAG